AUGUCCCUCACACUGUCCCUCGGCAAUCAAAAAACAUGUUACUCAGACAAUGAGACAAUAUCCGGUCAUGUCACCCUGCGAUGUCCAACCCCUUCCGACAUUCAAGAUCACAUCCGCGUGGUCUUCGUUGGCCGAGCGAAAUGUCGAAUACAAAAGGCCAAGAGAUCAGCAGCACCCUCCGCAACAUAUCGCAGCAAAUGUAUUCUAUUCGAAAAAGAGCGCAUCCUUUCACUCCACGACUGCCAAGCACCUUCAAAUGGCCUCUUUCAGUGGCCAUUUGAAUUUCUUUUCCCUUCUCACGUCCAGCCAUCGACGAAUUCGCCGCGAUGGCCCAAAACCACCCCUUUCUAUAAUGGCGCAGGCCAUCCACUGCCACCGACAUUCACUAAGAAAGCGGAGGACGACCUAAGACGAUUGGACUGUGUGAUCGAAUACAAAAUAUACGCACAAGGAUCCAAGAUACAACGAGGCUUCCUCAGCAGGAACUCACCAUUUCUAUCUGAGCCUAUCCGAUUGAGCUUUAUGCCUGCGUCGGCCAAAAUGGUCCCGCUUGCGAAGGACAGCUUUCCCCGAGCCCAGUCGCGACGAGAAGAGCAACUGUUCAAUAUCCGGAGCAUGCACCUUCUUCCCGGACAUGAAGGUAGAAACCUAAGCGUACAAGAGAAGUUCCAGUCCUGGCUUUCUCCGGGAAAAUUGCCUCAUUUCUCAUUCAAUGUUGCUUUCUCCUACCAGACCCAUGUGGUGCAGUCAAGGCCACUCUCGUGUACUUUGAAUGUUGAUCCUGUAAUCGAGAACUCCUCUAUCGGCUAUCCGCCGCAGAUCCUGAUGCAGUCUAUCCACGUGGUCGUGACAGGUCAAACUGCCGCCCGAGCUACACCGUCUCUGGUGGGGGUGAUGUCUGCUGAGGUGGAUGAGCGCAUUGAAAUCAUAUCCAGGCCUUCUGUGAACGUCCCGGUAUCAGGGAGUGUGGACCUGGACACGGUGAUUGGACCCUUUAUAUUCCGGCAUACGGAUAUAUCUUUCCGCACGCUCAAUAUAAGUAGAACGUAUAGGUUAUCCAUCUCGAUUGUGUUCUUGUGUGCGGGGAAAACUGCGGAGUUCAAACUCUCAGAUUUGCCUAUUGAGGUCAUGGCGAGCCAAGACCCUGACUUGAAGAGAGGACACGAGAACAUUUCCGAGGAUGACUCCCUGCCGUCUUAUUCCCCUCCGUUCAUCAUUGUCCAUGGGGAUUUGUGA